AUAGCGAGCUUGGGCCAUCAGCAUAAUGAUACGGCUGAAGCGAAAAGGUGCUCCAUCAAAUUUGCCUCCGCCGCUCUUGCCUGGCAAGAAGCCCGUCCACUCCAGCCAGAGCUAUAUUGUCUCGGAUUUCUGGAUUCUAACAAGCCUCAGAACCAUUUCAAUCAGUUGCUAGACUUCGACAACCGUAGGCAAUAGUUUCGUGAGAACACGUAGCAUUCCUAAAAUAGCAUCAGUACUUCUAGGCGCACCGGCAUCAUUCAUACACCACGGCAUAGCGACAGUACGCCAUUCAUCCGAACCCAUUACAGUCGUUGCAAUGGGCACUCCAGUCCUAAGAAGAGUCCUUCAAGCGUGCUGUUUACUGCUCGCCGUCAUUCACGCCGUCCACGCCGCUGACCAUGACUCACCGUUCUCAACCGACCAUGGCGUGACCAACGCCACUCGGCGCAUGGCCCUAGUUGGUCGGCGGCCUCGCUCCGCGUCUCCCCUGGCCGCGCCUCUUGGCUCGGGCUUCUGGUCCGUCAAGGGGAACCAGUUCGUCGACGCGUACGGCCGCGUGGUGCGCUUCUCAGGGCUGAUGUGGUCGGGGUUCGAGUCGGACGUGGCGGUGGUGCAGGGGCUGUGGGCGCGCAGCUACGACUCGCACCUGGACCAGAUGCGCAAGCUCGGCUUCAACACCAUCCGCCUGCCCUUCGCGGGGGACGCGCUCGAGCCCUCCUGCUACCCCAAGAGCAUCGACUACGGCAAAAACCCCGACUUGCAGGGGCUUAACUCGCUCCAAGUGAUGGAUAAGAUCAUCGCGGCGGCCGGGAAGCGAGGCAUGAAGGUUAUAUUGGAUUACCACCAGCACCACCUGCUGUUGAAUAUUCCCACGGAGGGCUUGUGGUACGACCCCACGACGCCUCCGAGGAAGUGGGUGCAACGAUGGGUCAUGCUCGCGAAACGGUACCGUGGUAACCCGACGGUCAUCGGCGCGGACCUGCUGAACGAGCCGCACUUCAACGGGAACACGGCGCCGUUCCCCUCGCCGUACUGGGACGUGGAGGGGAAGUACGAGAACCCGCCACUUAACUUCCGCACCGCCACCAAAAUUGUGGCGGCGGCGAUUCAGCGCGUGAACAAGGACUGGAUCAUCUUCCUGGAGGGCAUGCACAACGACUACUGGUGGGGCGGCAACUGCCGCGUGCUCAUGAAGGCGCCGCUGCGCCUCUCCGUGCCCAACAAGCUCGCGUACACGGCGCACGAGUACGGCCCCUUCGUCUACUUCCAAAAGUUUUUCAACAAGUCCGUCACGCCCAGUUUCCCCAACAACCUGCCCGGGCUGUACAACCACCACUGGGGGUUUAUCCAAAAGAAGGGGUACGCGCCGGUUUGGGUGGGAGAGUUUGGGUCGAAAUUCCCCCCCCCCGAUUCGGAGCUGAACCGCGUGGAGCGGACGGUGUUCCUCGCGCUGAUCAACUACAUGAAGCGGCUCAAGGUGUCGUGGACGUUCGCGUUUUGGGGCCCGCUCAGUAAGGACACUGGGGGGAUUCUUAACGACGACUGGAACAGUGUCAGGCAAGACAAGCUGGAUGCCCUAAAACCCAUCAUGUAUCCUAACUUCGCGUAGGCAUAAGGAUGGCUCAGCUACUACUCCAGUCACGGACUCGAGUGUGCUGCUCUACUGGCGAUAGGUGUGCUGUUGGCAAUGGUAGAUGGAGCUUCUAGAGACCACCUUUUGAGGCGUCAUCCUUAUCAUGUCCUUAUCAAGUCAGCUAACUAAGUGAAUGAUAGAACUCGGUGGGUUGAUUCAUGUUUUAUCCGUUUACUAUUCCGUUUACAACGGAGAAAUGAAGUAGUGG